AUGCGUAUUGUCUCAUGUACCAACGUGAAUGGUGUAAAACGUCUUGUUAUACAAGAUGGAGAUCGUUUUUCUCAGUAUGUAAUAAUUGUUAUGAAAAUGUACUCAUUUCGUCAUUUCUUGAUUUUUCUCUUGAAUCAUUAAGAUAACGCAAGCAUCAUCAAGUACAAUAACUAAAUGAAAAAAAAAGAUACUGCCUCUGCGACUGAUU